ACAUUCCAUCACACAGAUAUAGAGGCUGAGUGUCAAGACGACUACAUGAAAAUACGGAUUGGCUUUAACUCCACCUUCAGCGGGCUAGUGUAUUCGGCAGGCUAUGCUUAUGAUCCUGACUGCAUGUACAUAAAUGGUUCAGGUCGAGACUAUUAUGAGUUCUACAUUCAGUUAAAUCGCUGCGGAACUUUGGGAAAAAAUGCACUUCAUGACGAAAAGAGGAAAAAUCCAACUAACUUUAUGUGGAACACUGUGACAGUUCAAUACAACCCGCUUAUAGAAGAAGAAUACGAUGAACAUUUCAAAGUCACUUGCGAGUAUGGCUAUGAUUUUUGGAAGACGGUCACUUUUCCAUUUUUAGAUGUUGAAGUAGCGACUGGUAAUCCUGUCGUCUUUACUCUAAGUCCCCCUGAGUGCUACAUGGAAAUACAAAAUGGAUACGGUAUCGGCGGACCACGUGUCACCGGACCAGUGCGUGUCGGCGACCCACUUACUUUGAUCAUUUACAUGCGCAGCAAAUACGAUGGCUUUGACAUCGUGGUAAAUGAUUGCUAUGCUCACAAUGGUGCUAACAAGAGAAUCCAGCUCAUAGAUGAAUACGGCUGUCCAGUUGAUGAUAAAUUAAUUUCACGUUUCCGUGGUUCGUGGUCAGAAUCCGGAGUAUUCGAAACACAGGUGUACGCUUAUAUGAAGACUUUCCGCUUUACUGGAUCGCCAGCCCUUUAUAUUGAAUGCGAUGUUCGAAUGUGUCAUGGCCGAUGCCCUAGCCAGCCAUGCCACUGGAGAAAUUUGAAAGCUGUGACUAAACGUGACAUAUCCAAUUCAACGGCAUCGGACUUAAAAUCAGCCGUGAUGCCAGCAACGACGCCAUCAGUAGAAGUAGCUGCUACGCUUUCAGAUUUAUCACUUGAUUCUAAAAUCACUGCAGAAGAGGUCAACACAGUAAAACCAGAUGGCUCGUUGUCGGAGAAUGUCAACCUCUUUCAAUCGCUGAGGGUACUGCAAGAAGGAGAAUCUGACGGUGAUGACAUUUACUCAUAUGCCCACCGCUUAGAGCCCCCUAAACAUCAAACCUGCCUAAAAACGUCAACGUUUUCGGCGCUUACUGUUACAUUUUCGGUGGUGAUGUGUGUACUUUCAGGUGCAUUAAUGUUGACAUGUUCUCGUCUCAAGCAACGCAGCAAGGGUGCAUCUUUAUAUGAUACAUACAUCACUCAUAAAGGUCAAAUCGAUUAAUGACACCUAC